UUCUGCACUAGUUCAGGGCCUGACCACUAGGGGGCAAUAAAGGGAAAUAGAGGAAAACCGAUCACAUGGUCCUGACGUCAUCCUCAGUCUUCCGCUCCCUUGCCUCCUCCAAUAUGGCCGCCCUGUGGCUGCUCCUUGCGGCUCCUUUGCUCUUGUGGCCCCCGGGCGGUGCGGGUGCGGGGCCGCCACAUGGAGACUCUUUCCGGGAGGAGCUGCUCCUCACCCCGCUGCGCUCCGGGGACAUCGCCGCCACCUUCCAGUUCCGGACCCGCCUGGAGUCUGAUCUCCGGAGGGAGAAAGUUUCUCACUACAGGUUGUUCCCGAAGGUUUUGGGCCAAGUGAUCUCCAAAUACUCCAUCCAGGAGCUGCACCUCUCCUUCACUCAGGGCUUCUGGCGCCCCCGAUCCUGGGGACAGCCCCUCCUGCAGGCGCCCGCCGGGGCCGAGCUCUGGGUCUGGUUUCAGGAAUCCGUCCAGGACGUGGACAAAAACUGGAAGGAGCUGACUAACAUCCUCUCGGGAAUCUUCUGCGCCUCUCUAAACUUCAUAGACUCCACUAACACCGUGACCCCGACCGCGUCCUUCAAGCCUCUGGGAUUGGCCAAUGUUACAGAUCACCACCUUCUCCGAUACGCCACCUUACCCAGGGAGAUCGUGUGCACCGAAAAUCUUACCCCAUGGAAGAAGCUGCUGCCUUGUGGUUCCAAGGUCGGUCUGGCGUCCCUGUUAGAGGCCGAACGUCUGUAUCACAGCAGUUACCACUCUCAGUCCGUGCACAUCCGGCCGGUUUGUAGGGAUGAGAGCUGCUCAUCGGUCUCCUGGGAGCUGAGACAGACGUUAACCGUGGUGUUUGACAUGUAUACGAACGGGCAGGGGAAGAGAGACUGGUCUCUCUUUAAGAUGUUUUCGCGGACAGUAACGGAGCCGUGUCCUCUGGCCGCACAGAGCAGAAUCUACGUGGACUCUGGGGACCACAAG